UCGGACAGUCCCGUGGUCUUUCUUUUUGUACCCGAGGCUAGAAACCGUUUUUGCUAUGUGUUGUCAUAGCAACAAUAAACAUUACCCAUCGGGAGCGACUGUAAUGGCCGACUCUGCCAUGAUCGCAAAAAGGAGGCUCUCUUCUGAAACUCUGAUGAUUUCAAGUAUUUUGAAAACUUGCGCCAGCGAAAUGGAGAUUGUAGCAGCUCUACCCAGCAUCCUCCAGUUUUGUGCUUCGUCUGCUGUUGUUGACGAAGAGUUGAGAAAGCUCCUUCAAAUGCAUCAGGAAUCAGUGGAAAGACUGGAAAAGCUUGAAUCUCAGCAGCAGGAGACAGAUGAAGCAAAGAGGAGCGAGUUGCUUCAGCUUAGAGGGAGCAUAGUAAAAUCAGGCAAGGAUGUCGUUAUGUUUUUCCAGCUACAUCCGGAUGUUUUUUUAGGCUUAAAAAAACAGAUUACUAUGGAAGCAGGUGAAUACGAGCAGAAGAUCAUCAGGAUGCUUCAGUUGUAUCACAAAUAUUGGGUAGAAUAUUCGCGUUCUGACAGAGAACCGGAUCCAAGGGCUGAUUUAGUUCUGGACAAAUUGAUUUCAGCGGAAGCAGAAGAAGCUGCAACAUUGAAAGAACUAACUGAAAAGCUCCGACAGCUGGACAUUAAGUUAAAGCAAGAGGAGAACAUUUCAGUGGCUAAGGAUGAAAUACUCGCUGAACAGGAAAGACGAAAACAGGAAAGACGAAAACAGGAAACACGAAAACAGGAAAACGAAUUCAAAACGGCUGAACUGGAUCUUCAGCUCAGCACCUUGAGGCAAGAAAAUUGGAAGAAACAGAUGAGUCUGCAUGAGAAAAAUGAAUCGAUGAGAAGAGAAAUUAAGGACCUUCUGAAACAGUUUGACAAGGAUAUGACUAGUUUCCAGGCCAAGUUGGAGCUGAGUCAACAGGUUUAUGACAAAGAACAGGGGGAGAUGAUGGAGCUGGAGAAAUCAUUUCCUGUCCUAGAGAAGCAGUACAAUGACAUCAUGGAGAUAAGGCGUCUGGAAGAAGAGAAGAAGGAGGAAAUGAAGACCAAAGCUGCUAUUAUGGUGGAGACCGUGCAGCACUUACAAGACCUCCCAGAAAAGGUGAAGAAGACAAGCAAGGCAAAGAAGACAAGAAAAACCAAGAAGACAAGAAAACCGUAAAGCCUUACACUUGAUUAGUAAGAUGUCUGUAGUAAUGUUUGUUGCUGCUCAUAACUUUGAAUUUUAGUUGGUUUUGGUUAAACACAUUGAAUUGAAAUGCUAAACUGACCUGUUAUGUUGAGAAAAGCCCACAAGGUGGCAGCACAGAUCUUUUUAUUCAGAUUUAGCAGCAAGUAAAUAGCUGCAAAUUGUAGUUACUUAUACAUUGAAUCUGACUGUUAAAACUGGUGUUCCUUAGUGCAUAAUAAAUAUGUUGGUGUGCAAUUA